AUGGAUGGAGAAGAGACCGAGGAUACCGUGCUGCUACGACGGUUAUGUUGCUUACUGGAGCUUAGAACGAUGCAACUUGUGGCUUCACUGGAGAGACUACUUGAAGAAUCAAACAUGUCAUCAGAACAACAGAAGACGCAGAAAUCAAAAAAAGAUAUGGAUAUGUUACAUACUCGCACAGGUGGUGCAUAUAUCCCACCUGCUAAACUUAAAAUGAUGCAAGAGCAGAUCAGUGAUAAGAACAGUGAAUUUUAUCAAAGACUGGAUUGGGAACGCUUAAAGAAGCGGAUUCAUGGGCAGGUGAACAAAGCGAAUACCAGUAAUUUGCUUAAUGUCGUGCGAGAUUUAUUGCGUGAAAACAUUAUCCGAGGAAGAGGUCUGUUAGCACGAUCAAUAAUUCAAGCACAGUCUUAUUCACCAACAUUUUCUAAUGUAUAUGCAGCAUUAGUUGCUGUUAUUAACAGUCAUUUCCCAAAUAUUGGAAUGUUGAUCAUUCAUCGGCUGCUGAUACAAUUUAAACGGUGUUAUAAACGAAAUGACAAAAUUUCUACUGUUACAAUAUCCAAAUUUAUUGCUCAUCUUAUCAACCAGCAAGUGAUUCACGAAAUCCUUGCAUUGGAAAUGAUGAUAUUGAUGCUUGAAAAUCCAACCGAUGAUUCUGUGGAGGUCACGGUGGCAUUCUUGAAAGAAUGUGGUGCUAAACUAUCAGAAAUUUCACCUCGUGGCUUAAAUGGUAAGUUUUGUUCACGAAUAUUGCCGCUUAUAAUUUAA